UGUGUGUGUGUAUGUAUGUAUGUAUGUAUGUAUGUAUAUAUUGCAUGUGAAAUUAGAAAGUCUCGCUCUGAAGAUCUCCUUUAGCGUUUGUUUCCGGGAAGAAGCAGACAGGAGGAAGUAUGGAGAUACCGGACGUGUCAGAUAAACUUCUCUGCUGCAAACAAUAAAACAACUGAACACAGAAGACGACGAUAAAGCAAGAAUGUUUGCUCUUUUCUCUCUAAUCUGUCUGCUUGUGAUCCCAGGAAUGUGUAGCCAAAACUGGACAGUGAAGUAUUCAGACAGAGUAAAAUGUGUCUUAAAGGGCUCAACCAUAUUUCUGUUAAGCAAUUUCACAUAUCCUGAUGGUCUCAAUUCAACAAAGAUAUUUUGGACCAUAGAUCCAGUAAAAGAUGAGGAUCUGUCUGAAGUACCAGAAUAUAAAGGCAGAGUUAAAUACAUUCUGGGUAAGAAACAAAAAUUCAUUCUCAAACUGAGUAAGGUAAGAUAUGAGGAUGAACAUAUGUACUGCAUCAAAAUCGUGACAAAUGUAAAAAAACAACAAUAUUUGGGUCAUCCUGGAGUUCAGCUGAAAGUGACAGGGCUCAGGGUUAAGAUUCACAAUGAGGGAAAUUCUGCAGUUUUAUUUUGUAAAACCACAUGCAACCUUACAAGCAGCACAAACUUUAUCUGGUACAAAAACAAAAGUCCUUUAUCAGAAUCAUUCAGUAAUAAACUGAUACUGCAGUCUGUGAGCAGAGAUGAUGCAGGAAACUACAGCUGUGCUGUGAGAGGAAAACGUCUGAAAUCUCCAGCUGUCACACUGAUGAUUCUUAAAGAGAGCCUGGCUGUGAGUAAGGUUACAUUGGGAGUGACACUGGCUGUUGUCAUCACAUCUGUAUCUGUGAACAUUUUGGUUAUCUUGGUACUUGUAGGGAUCUGUAUCAGAAGGAAAAGAGUGACAUCAGAUGUUCAAAAUAACACAAAUCUACAGCACCAUAAAACGAUGGAGUCUUCUGAAAAGCCUUACAUGACCCUUGACCCCAAGACCACGAGUGCUGUUUAUGAUACACUGGAUAAUGCAAGUGAACCCACUGAUAACAGACAAUCUUGAAAGCACACAGUUCUGCCAUCAAAACAGCUGGAGAGGACCGAAAAUAUAAUGACAUUAAACACUAGGGAUGCACCGAAAUGAAAAUUCUUGGCCGAAACCGAAAACCGAAAAUGAGGAAACCAAGGCCGAAAAACCGAAACCGAAACACCGAAAUAAAUUAUUAUGCCAAUUAUUAGUACAAAUGCAUUUAUGGCUAUCACUGUGUACUACCUUUACUAGGGGUGUGUGACAGAUCACAAAACUCACGGUUCAGAUCACAUUACAGUUU